AUGUCUAAAGGAAAAGUCUGUUUAGCUUACUCUGGUGGUCUAGAUACCUCUAUUAUCUUAGCCUGGUUAUUGGAACAAGGCUAUGAAGUCAUCGCAUUCAUGGCAAACGUUGGUCAAGAAGAAGACUUUGCCGCAGCUGAAAAGAAAGCUUUAGCCAUUGGUGCAAACAAAUUCGUCUGUGUAGACGUCCGUGAAAAAUUCGUCACUGAUAUCCUAUUCCCUGCAGUUCAAGUCAAUGCUGUCUAUGAAGACGUCUAUCUAUUAGGUACGUCUUUAGCAAGACCAGUCAUCGCUCAAGCACAAAUUGACGUCGCUGAAAAAGAAGGCUGUUUCGCUGUAGCUCACGGUUGCACAGGUAAAGGUAAUGAUCAAAUCAGAUUCGAAUUAUCCUUCUACGCUCUAAAACCUGAUGUUAAAGUUAUUGCUCCAUGGAGAUUACCAGAAUUUUUCAAUAAAUUUGCUGGCAGAAAGGACUUAUUAGAUUAUGCCGCUGAAAAGGGUAUUCCAGUCACUCAGACUAAGGCAAAGCCAUGGUCCACUGAUGAAAACGAAGCUCAUAUUUCGUAUGAGGCCGGUAUUCUUGAAGAUCCAAACACUACCCCCCCAAAAGAUAUGUGGAAAUUAAUUGUUGAUCCAACUGAUGCUCCUGAUAAGCCACAAGAUUUGUCCAUCGAAUUUACUAAAGGUCUCCCAACUAAGUUAACUUACUUCUGUGAAAAGUCUAGUAAGGAGAUUUCUGUUACUUCGCCCCUAGACAUUUUCUUAGCUGCCUCUAAUUUAGCAAGAGCCAAUGGUGUCGGUAGAAUCGACAUUGUGGAAAAUCGUUACAUCAAUUUGAAAUCAAGAGGUUGUUAUGAACAAGCUCCAUUGACUGUUUUGAGAAAGGCUCAUUUAGAUCUAGAAGGUCUAACUCUCGACAAAGAGGUCCGUGGAAUUAGAGAUCAAUUUGUUACCCCAACCUAUUCGAAAUUAUUGUACAAUGGCUCUUAUUUUACUCCAGAAUGUGAAUAUAUCAGAUCUAUGAUCAAGCCUUCGCAAGAAACUGUAAAUGGUACGGUUAGAUUAAGCCUCUAUAAGGGUAAUGUCAUUGUUCUCGGCAGAUUCUCUAAUACCGAAAACCUUUAUGAUGCAACCGAAUCCUCCAUGGAUGAAUUAACUGGCUUUUUACCAACGGACACUACUGGUUUCAUUGCCAUUCAAGCCAUUAGAGUUAAAAAGUAUGGUGAAGCUAAGAGAAAUAAAAAUGAAAAAUUAACCUUGUAA